GCAAAGCGGUCCUCGAUCACUAUUGGCAGAUCAUAGAUCUGAACAUGACGAAAAACCAACGGCCAAUAAUGACAGUCAAGCAAUAAUGAGAUACCCAUGCUUUAUGAUCUAUCUAUCUGUCUAACUAUUUAUCUAUGUAUCUAUCUACCUCUCUAUCUAUCCACGUGUCUCAAACUGUGUGUCUGUUUAUUUAUCUAUAGCCCCCACCCCACCCCAAUUAGUCUAUUUCUCUUCCCUGUAGCUCCGUCACACGUCUCUUGCGCUUGGGGGAUGUAGUAUCGCGGCGCACAGCUGCAUGCAUUGCUUUGUGUUGGACACUUUUGUAAAAGCCCACAAAGCCAUCAGACAGAAGUGCUCUCGUUAAGCGAUCUGGCAACAUCUUCGCUAUCCUUCUGCUGAUUACUUAGUCAAUACGAUUGAGGAGCAACUAAGAGGACAUCUAUCAGUGCAUAGGCGGAGUUGCUGGAGGAGCUCAGGCGAGUGUGUUUAGUGUCAGAGUACCAUAAGAAAAUCAUUAGCAGCCAUGUCUCCGAAAGGCAGGUGAGUGAACGACACUGCACAGAGUUUGUCACCGUUAUACUCUGAUAACCUGAAAUCUGCUUGACAACUCGGGCGAGCACCGAAGUUUUCACGGAAGUAUCUGCAAAUAGCCGUUUUUCAGCGAGCGUGAACGUGAAGACUGAGGCUCAAAUCUGAAGAGAUGUCACGAAAAAAGGGACUUAAGAACAAAAGUGGCACCGCGAGUCCUAGCACCGGAACUCCCAGCGGCAAAGAAGGUGGCCGAAUCGGGAAAGCCCUAGUGCCCGGGGUCCAAGCGAGCGGAGUGGUCCAUCCCAGUCGCCCCGCUUUAAGCAACAGCAGCGAGUUCUACGACAUUGCAUUCAAGGUGAUGCUGGUGGGAGACUCUGGAGUGGGGAAGACGUGUCUGCUGGUGCGCUUCAAGGACGGAGCCUUCCUGGCCGGCAGCUUCAUCUCCACCGUCGGCAUCGACUUCAGGAAUAAAGUGCUUGACAUCGACGGGGUCAAAGUGAAGCUGCAGAUCUGGGACACAGCCGGCCAGGAGCGCUUUAGGAGUGUGACUCACGCUUACUACCGCGAUGCCCACGCCCUUCUGCUUUUGUACGAUGUUACCAACAAAGCGUCAUUCAACAACAUCCAGGCCUGGCUGACGGAGAUCCACGAGUACGCCCAGAAGGACGUGGUGGUGAUGCUGCUGGGGAACAAGGCUGACUCCACACAGGAGAGAGUGGUGAAGCGUGAAGAUGGAGAGAAACUGGCCAAGGAAUUCGGGGUGCCCUUCAUGGAGACCAGCGCUCGGUCUGGGUUGAAUGUGGAGCUGUCUUUCACCGCCAUUGCUAAGGAGCUGAAACACCGGAGCAUGAAGGGUCCAGAUGAGCCCAAGUUCCAGCUGCAGGCGUACGUCAACCAAGAGAUGAGGACUGCAGGUUGCUGCAGGACUUGAAGGGUGUGUGUGUAUGUAUGAAUGUAUGUGUGUGUUUGUGUGUGUGUGUGUGUGUGUGUGUGUGCUUAUGGUUCAUCUUUCUACAUCGACUAGCAACUUACCACCAGCUGCAGCGGUGUGUGUGUGUGUGUGUGUGUGUGUUUGUGUGUGUGUGAGUGUGUGUGUGUGAUGGGGACAGUACUGACCCACCUCCUUCUGCAACUGUGAAUGUAACCCAACUCUCAAAUAGUCGAUGGCAUACGGCCACCCCUUCUUGCCCACACACACACACACACAGUUCCUCUCAUGCUGUUUAUAUGAGACACACACACACACACACACACAUUCUGACUUCAGUGUGUAAUCUCCUCAGAACCUGUCUGAUUCCACGUGAAUACUUUAUUUAUUUAUGUCUGUUAGGUAACAACUGCGUCAGAAUGACAAUACGCUUCAUCACCUCAAAUAGUAAAACAUCUGAUGUCCAUCCGUUCCUAUUACAGUGUUCCACAUGCAUGUAUCAAUAACAGCUCAGUUCCCAGAACUACAAGUGCACCAGAAACACCUAUCCCACCUCUCACACACACACACACACACACACACACACACACA